AUGCAUAAGACGAACAAAAAAGAUGUAGUUCUGAUAACAUUUAAAGAUGAAAUGGAGAAGGCUGAAGCUCUAAAGAAAGGGAGGGAGGAGUUGACAAACCUAUUCAGCAAGGAAAGAUACGGAGAGGCUGGACCAAUUGCAAAAUUUUCGAAAAAGAGAAAGAGUUGCGAUGCUUUAGAUGCUGGGAAAAUGGGCAUGUCAAAUCACAGUAAAAAAGCUAGCAAACCUGUAUACUGGUGGAAUGAAGAAAUUUUAGAAACAAGAAAAGACAGCAUCAGAAAAAGAAGAAUAUACACCAAAAGCCACAGAAGAAACCCUCUUCUAGAAAACCAAAUGCUAUGGGAAACUUAUAAAGAAUCCAAAACAAGACUACGGGACAUGAUCAAGAAGGCCAAGAGAAACUGCUGGAAAACGCUCUGCGACAAAGUUAACAGUGAUAUAUGA